AGAUUCAUUCUUAUCUUAUUUCCAAACCAUUCAAUUCUAGAUAUAAACAGUGCAGGUUCAUAACAUGAUCUCAAAUAUGCUACUACCUUUUUUGUUUCUCCUCCUCUUAUCUCUACUUUACCUUCUUCACAAAAGGAAAUCAAAAUUCAAUCCACCAGGCCCUCCUGGACUACCCUUCAUUGGCAACUUGCACCAGCUCGAUCAAUCCAGCCUCCACACUUCCUUAUGGAACCUCACCAAACCCUACGGUCCGAUCAUAUCCCUCCGAUUCGGUUUCAACUCAGCUGUUGUUAUAUCUUCAGCGAGUUUAGCGAAAGAAGUCUUAAAAACCCAAGAUCUUAUCUUUUGCGGUAGGCCAUUAUUUACUGGCCAAAGGAAGUUAUCCUAUGAAGGCCUUGAUAUAACUUUUGCUCCUUACAAUGAGCACUGGAGAGAAAUGAGAAAAAUCUUUAGCCUUCAUUUGUUUAGCCCUAAAAGGGUCCAAUCUUUAAGGUAUAUACAAGAAGGUGAGAUCUCAAGUGCCAUAAAGAAGAUACAUGAUUUGGCUCUUUCGGCUGAAAAGGUAAACUUGAGUAAAAUGAUGAAGAAUUUGAUGAGUAAUGUAAUGAUGAGAGUGUGUUUCGGCAAGAGGUACCAUUACCAAAAUGGGCAUGAAAGAAAGAAGGUUCUUGGACUCAUUAAUGAAGUUCAAGAGCAUUUGGUGGAUCUUUAUCUCUCGGAUAUUUGGCCCGGCCUGCCUUUCAUCGGUUUGGUUGAUCGGUUGAUGGGCAAGACGAAUCGGCUCGAGAAAUGCUUCCAAGAUCUCGAUUUCUUUUACCAACAACUCAUUGAUGAACGACUCAACCCUCUAAAGGAUAAGUCUUAUGAGGAAGAUGAGGAUGAUGUUAUUGAUAUUCUGCUACAACUUAUGAAAGACAAACUGUUCAACCUCACUCACGACCACAUAAAAGCCAUGCUCAUGGAUGUAUUAGUAGCCGGGACAGAUACUAGUGCGGCAACCGUGGUUUGGGCUAUGACGUCAUUGAUAAAGAACCCUAAAAUCAUGAAGAAAACACAGGAAGAAAUGAGAGUUGUGAUUGGAAAGAAGGGUAUAAUAGAGGAGGACGAUCUUCCAAAACUCAUGUAUCUAAAGGCGGUGAUAAAAGAGACCAUGAGACUACACCCUCCGACUCCCCUUCUAGUACCUCGAGAAACGAGGAAAGAUGCCAUUAUACAUGGGUACAAAAUUAAGCAGAAUACCAUAGUUUAUGUGAAUGCAUGGGCUAUCGGAAGGGACCCUAAAUCUUGGGAGAGUCCAGAAGAGUUCUUGCCUGAACGAUUCUUGGGUUCUGAUAUUGACUUCAAAGGGAAUGAUUUGGAGUUGAUUCCUUUUGGGGCUGGUCGAAGAAUCUGCCCUGGAAUGUCGAUCGGAGUUUUCAUGGUGGAACUAAUACUUGCUAAUCUUCUUUAUUUAUUUGAUUGGGGGUUGCCGGAUGGCAUGGUGAAAGAAGAUAUAGACUAUGAUGCUAUGUCUGGGAUAACUAUGCAUAAGAGAAAUGAACUUUGCCUCUUAGCUCGUGUACUUUGAAAAGAUUGUUAACUAUCCAAAUAUGUCGUUUUGCUGAUAAAAAUAAUUCCUAGUCUAGUACGUUGUUUGAACUUUUGUUAAUUUAUUUAAAGGUAGAAAGAUAAAGCCUUUCAUCUA